CACGCAUUGCAGAGCUCCAAAAUCAGGAAGGAAGCAUGUGGAACCGUCUCUCCAGACUGUCUCGCAGGGGCAGACGGGCCGAGAGUGAAGAUGGGAAGUAAAAAAAGAAACUUCACUGAAAUAAGUGUGACCAAACUGUUCUCUUGAUUAGUUGUUUAACCAACCAAAUAGCAUCCCCAAAACAUAGAACAAUAUGAUUAUCAAAUGGUUAUACCACCAACCCCAUUUCCACCUGGUCUUCACAUGUAAUCUGGAUCUUUUGUUCAAAGGAAGUUUCUGCAUUGUGAAAUCAUUCUCUCUCUUUCUAUCCAGGGUAAGUUCUUUGCGGGGGAAAAAGCUUGCAGUUGUUGUAGAAGUUAUCUGUAUUUUUUGGGAACAGAUGCAAAAUCUGUUUCCAACAUUUGCAUUUUUUUCCUCACACAGGGAGGACAUGUCUGCAGCUUUUGUCAGGCUUACUUCUGCCUGGCAGAGAAAGAUUGAAUCAGAUGUCUCUGCCACUGAUCACAAUGCAAACGAGGUCAGGCCUCCAGGUCUUUAAAAUGGAGGAGCCUGAGCAUGCCUUAUUCAUUGUUAGACCUUCAGCCGGCAGGAGACGCAUCACUCUGAUCUACUACACUUAUCAGAUACCAAUUCAGGCACAUAUCCUAUUAUGGGCAACUCGGCAUCCACCAGCUUCAUUACCCCCACUCCCAGGAGACUUUCUUGGGGUCGCCAGAAAGAGGACACAGUCAAGCUGGAGGACUUCCUGACACAAUACGAAGAGGAUCUCUGGAAAAAAAAGGGAAAGCAGAGUGUGUUUGUGAGGAGGGCCAACAUCACUCGCAGCAUCCGGUACUUUGACUUAUCUGUACAAGAAGGCAAAAGUUGCUUCCCAAACACCGGUGAAAUGCUGAACCCAGCUUUUGUUGGAGAUCAGGGUCCAUGAAUGCGAAAAGUGAGUUUAUUGUGAACAUUUCAACAAGAUCCUCUCAGUUGUGACAUUGGGAGGUCAAACUGUGAGCUGCUGUGAUGCAUAUAGAACCCUCUGCAAAGACUACUUCUCUCAAGCCACAGCUGUAGGUGUGAACAUGUGAUGAGGAAGUGUAGGCUGGCAGGUCCCCUCCUUGUGAAACGACAGUGACGGGCAAAGGAAGUCCUGUUUUCAUCUCGAUUCAUCUAUAAAACACAGUAUCGGACCCUGAAGGAGCAAGAUGACUUUUUCUCUGUUGGUCCUGUUUCUUUGCUUUAAAGUUCUUCAAACUGAAGCCUCCACUUGGACAGCUAAGGUCCCCUCCUCAGUCAAAGGUCUCAUUGGAUCCUGUGUGGUGAUUCCCUGCACGUUUGACUAUGCAAAUCCGGGGAAGACACUCACUGGAUUCACUGGGAUGUGGAACAAUGAAGCAAAUGAGCACAUCUAUCACUCAGUUAAGUCUAAAGUACUUCAGCGGUAUCAAACUCGGACUGAGCUGCUUGGAGACAUCAGUCAGAAGAAUUGUUCGCUGAUGAUUGAUCCCCUUCAAGAAAACGACCGAGGGCCUUUUUAUUUCAGAAUUGAAAUUGAUGGCCUUGACAAGUUUACUUACAGAGACAGCCCCGUCUCCAUUGAAAUGAUCCGUGAACCAGACCCAGUCAUUUUCUCAGGGAAGCCUGAGGUACAGGAGGGUGAAACUGUGUCUGCGUCCUGCUCCGUGUCUUUCUCCUGUCCGGCCUCUCCUCCCGUCUUUAACUGGAGUCACUCUGGAGAGAAACAUUUCCAACAGACGGAGCACACCGCUGGCCAGUGGAAGGCAACAUCGACUCUGACCUUUCACCCUACCAGAGCUGAUCAUGAGAAGAUUUUACAGUGCACUGUAAGAUACAAGGGAGGGAAGCUCCAGAAUGCAUCCAAGGUCCUCAGAGUUAAAUAUGCUCCAGUGAUUGUGAAAGUUGAGUACAAGUCAGAUGUGAAAGAGGGGGGAGCUGUGCAGCUGAAAUGCUCAAGUGAUGCUAACCCACCAGCCAGCAGCUAUGAGUGGUAUAAUGAAACUGGUGCUCAGCUGUACCGAGGGAAUGUCUUCACACUGCAAAAUGUCUCCAGACACACAGGAGAUCUGUACUGUACUGCCAUUAACGCAAUGGGACAACGCAAAUCAAGCCCUGUGCAGCUCAAUGUGUUACAUGCCCCAGAGAUUAAGACUGGGUCCUCCUGCUCCUCAGAGGCAGACAAGGUAAAGUGUGUGUGCAUUGCAGAGUCCAGGCCUCCCAGCAUGGUCCAUUUUGUGCUCUCUGACAGAGUCCUGCCAAAAGCAAAGGUAGAGAAACACGGCCCGGUUACCAUCGGGACUCUACAGGCAGAGUUUGGAUCAUCUGAGUUUGUCCACUGUCUGGCAAAGAACACGCAGGGCACCGCCAACCUCACGCUGUAUUUCCCUGUUAACAGUAAGAUGCAGAAUAUGUAUAUUUACCUAGCCAUUGGGACAGGUGUGACUUUGGUGAUAGUUUUAAUCGCAGUUGGAGUUAAAAAAUGCAGGGGGAGACCUAAGGAUGUGGCAAGAACUCAUUUGAGCACCAUGAAGGUUGAGAAAGAUGUGGAGCCCCCUCAGUACGCUGCAGCUAAAAGAAAAGUAAAUAACUAUGAUGAUGUAGAUUCCCAAGAGGUUUAUGCCAAUGAUCCCGUAUAUGGCAACAUGGAGACUGACCUGGAUGAUGCAAUAUAUGCCAACGUGUAACAGGAACAAAAAGAAGAGUUCACUGGAUGGUACUGCAAAAUGCAAAAUGUGUUUCCUAACUUAUGUGGGUAAAGAAAGUUGUACAGGCUAUUGAUUGACCACUUUCUGUUUAGAUUAUGUAAACAUUGCUAUCAUCAGUCUCCUGUGAUGCACUUCUCUGAGAAAACAGUCGCUCAUGUCUAAAAUCACUAUUUUAUUCUAUUUUAUGCACUUGUGUUUUCAAUUGCUGUCUCUCUUGUUGUGACUGUUUGUUUUAUCACCAUUAAACUAUAAGUAUUCUGUA